GGCGCGGCGCUGCGGCGGGCGGGCGGGCGGCAGGAGCCGCGCCGCUCCGCGCCUGGCCGCGCUUGGGGCAGCUGCGGUGAGAGAGAGAAGAUUCCCGGCGUCCUCGCUGGCGCCCAAGAUGCUCUGCCCGCUGCUCGUCCUGGGAGCACUGGCCUCGAGCCUGGCAGGUGCCAUGGAGAUCCAGGUCCCGGAUGAGCCUGUGGUGGCUCUGUUCGGCCGAGAUGCCACCCUGCACUGUGCCUUCUCCCCGGAGGCCAAUUUCAGCCUGAACGACCUGAGCCUCAUCUGGCAGCUGACAGACACCAAGCGCUUGGUGCACAGCUUCUCCGGUGGCAAGGACCAGCUGGCUGACCAGGGGGGAGGCUAUGCCAACCGCACGGCCCUCUUCUACGACCAGCUGGCCCAGGGCAACGUCUCCUUGCUCCUCCGACGCGUGGAGAUUUCCGAUGAAGGCAGUUUCACCUGCUUUGUCCGGGUCAGCGACUACAGCAGCGCGGCUGUGAUGCUGCAAGUGGCAGCUCCCUACUCCAAGCCCAAUCUGAACCUGGAGCCAAACAAGAACUUGAAGCCAGGGGAUCUGGUGGCAGUGACUUGCCACGCAUCCCGUGGCUACCCUGAAGCCACUGUCCUCUGGCAAGACAGCCACGGCAGCAACAUCACGGAAAACAUCACCACGUCUCAGGUGGCCAACGAGGAGGGUCUCUUUGAUGUGCACAGCGUCCUCCAGGUGUUGGUGGAGCCCAGCAGCACCUACUCCUGCCUAGUGCGAAACCCGGUGCUGCAGCAGGAGACACAAGCCUCCGUCACCAUCACGGGCCAGCACCUCGCCUUCCCCGCCGUGGCGCUCUGGGUGACGGUGGGACUCGCCAUCUGCGUCCUCGUGCUGCUCGCCGCCCUGCUGUACGUGUGCCAGAAGAAAAUCCGAGAGAGCUACGAGGAAGAGGAAGAAAACGCAGGGACGGAGGAGCAGAUCGAGGAGGGGGAAGAGCCCAAGACAGCCUUGCAGCCGCUGAAGAGCGCGGAGCCCCAAGAAGAUAAUGAACAAGAAAUCGAUUGACGGGAGCUGGGGGAGAGUUGGGAGCAGCCCCCCAGACCAGGCGAACCGUCCGGGCCGAGCUCCGGGAGACCGCGGACGCGCACGACCGCCCCAACGCAGACCCGCCGCGGGCCCUCCGCGCACCGGGACCACCACCACCACCCUCCUCCUGCUCCUCCGCGCGCCUCGUCUCCCCGGCUCGGCGGCGGCUGGCGCUGCCCUGGGCCCCGGCAGCCCCGCGGCGCCCCGCUUCCCCCUUGGCCAAGCCUCGCGGGACGGGCUCGGCGGAGGAGCCCGGCCUUCGUGGGCUGAGCGCGGCGCCUUCGGGCUCGGCCCCGGACGCGUGGGAGGACGGUUCCUCGUCACGUUGCACCGCUGCAGCAGCUCUGACCGGACCUUUUUUUUUUUUUUCCUUUUACUCUUUUCUUUCUUUUCUUUUUUUUUUUUCUUUUUUUUGCCUUAAGCGCGUGGUGGGGCCGGGAAUCGGCCCAGGGUGGAUUCUUCCUCUCUCCGCCGAGCCGGCAGCAGGGCGCGGAGGUGCCUGCUGGAGGCCGGGCCGGGGGAGCCUGCUGGCCAGGCAGAGCCCGCCGUCCUCCCCAGUGCAGGCGGGCUCAGAGCCUCCUGUUGCCUCUGCGUCCAGCUGCGAGAACCACCUCUUAAUUGCUUUGCGCCCCUAAUGAGAUUGUCCAGGAUGGCCUCUCUGUCCUUACCCUGCGUACCGGUGGGAUGCUCGGAGGCACCCAGGCCGCCCGUGUGAUUCAGUUCCUGUGUUAAAGGUCCUAUUGCAAUUGCCAAGUCAAGCGUUGGAAGGAAACGUCCCCUGCCUCCUUUGCUCCAGGCGCUGGAAGGUGUUGGGUGAUGGAGACGGGGUGCUGUAGCAAGGAGAAGGUGGUUAAUGCCGCUCCUGGGGCUCUCUUCCUGCUCAGCUGCAGCUCCUGGGGUGGGAGGUGCUGCGAAAACCACCUCCAUCAAGUUUUUUAAGUAGCUGUUGCGCGUUCGUGGGGCGUGCGCGAGGCGAACGUUCCCAGCUGGAUCUGCAGCCGGGCUCUGACGUGCCCGUCGCGCGCUGCGUAACGCUGAAGGCUUGGUAAAGUCUGGUCCUGGACAUCCCCAAAUGCACGCUGAAAUCGAGGAGAAAGUGGUUAAUCGAAGAGCGGCUCCUUCGGGAAGGGCUGCGAGGCCCGACCGAGGCAGGGGUCCGCGGGCGCUGCGGCGGGCGGCCGCGUGAUUAGCGGCUGAAUCGUAGUUCCUGGGCGCAAGGGGGAUGCGCUCGAGCCUGGCAUUUCCCGGCGCUUGACUUUGCGAUUGGAAAGCAAUUGGUUUAACACAGCUAGUUUGUACGUGCGGUGGGAACGCAGCCCCGGGCAGGCCACCAGCUGCCCGAGCUAGGGCCCGCGGCGGCGAGCUGAAGGCGGCUGGGUGCGGGGGGCACAGCCCAAAGCCGGGUCUGGGUCAGCGUUACAGCUGCGCGUGGGGAUUGUCCCCGGCCGGCCGGAAAACCCUGACCAACCUCUCCUUGGUUUUUAAGUGCAGACUCGAGAAAUGUUUUCACUUGUCGCGCGUCCUUGGUCCCACUCAGGCUGGCAGAGGAGUCACUGCUGUGCUGGAAUCAAUGGUUCUUCUGUUGUUUUUAAUUGUUAUUUAAAUUCCAGAAUCUGGAGGUUUUUGUGCCUUGACAAAUAAAUUCUUAGAUCUUUUUGGA